AUGGCCAAGAAAGUCAAGUCGCGCACUAUCACCGUGCGUCUCAUCUCCAUGGCCAUGACCGGUUUCUAUCGCACGAUGAUCCGUCCCCGUACGCACCGUCCGCUCAGCAUGCUCAAGUACGACCCCGUCGUGAAGAAGAAGGUCCUGUUUUUGGAGGCUACAAAGGGUGGACGGAAUAAAUAA